GGGGCGGGUACAGACGUCGGGUGACGUCAUCACGCCGCGGCCAGGACGUUCCAGCCCCGGAGGAGCCAGCCGGUGACCGAGCGCUAUCGCGGUUGUCUUGUAGCCGCCUUGGGCCGCCCGUAACGCCUCCCGGGAGUAAGCGGUCCUGACAGUGAAAAAGCAGUCUGGCUCCCGAGGUCCACUCCCUACACCCCAAGGUCCAGAUGGCGGCCAACGUGGGUGAUCAGCGCAGCGCAGAUUGGUCUUCUCAGUAUGGCAUGGUGGCUGGGGCCAGCAGAGAGAAUGGCAUGGAGACUCCCAUGCACGAGAACCCAGAGUGGGAGAAGGCCCGCCAGGCCCUGGCCAGCAUCAGCAAAGCAGGGGCUGCCAGCAGCUCCAAAGCCAGCAGCAGUGGGCCUGUGGCCAGUGCGCAGUAUGUCUCUCAGGCAGAAGCCUCAGCUUUACAGCAGCAGCAGCAACAAUACUACCAGUGGUACCAGCAGUACAACUACGCCUAUCCUUACAGCUACUACUACCCCAUGAGCAUGUACCAGAGCUACAGCUCCCCCUCCCAGUAUGGGAUGGCCAGCUCCUACGGCUCAGCUACAGCCCAGCAGCCAUCGGCUCCCCAGCACCAAGGGACUCUGAACCAGCCUCCAGUCCCUGGCAUGGAGGAGAGUAUGGCCUACCAGGCUUCCCCUCAGCAGCUACCUGCAGCCCAGCCCCCUCAGCCCUCAAACCCUCAGCAUGGGACACAUGGUCUAAGCAACGGCCCUCAGUCUGGAACAGCCCCAGCCACUCAGCACAGUCAGGCAGGGGCACCUACCGGGCAGACCUAUGGGCCGCACAACUACAGCGAGCCUGCCAAGCCCAAGAAGGGUCAGCAGCUGUGGACUCGCAUGAAACCAGCCCCUGGGACUGGAGGUCUCAAGUUCAACAUCCAGAAGCGGCCCUUUGCUGUCACCAACCAGAACUUCAGCUCCAGUGCAGAGGGUCAACACAGCAGCUUCGGCCCCCAGCCCAACUCUGAGAAAGCUCAGAACCACAGUGGGCCUUCUGGCCGAGGAAACCUGUCUGGGAAGCCGGACGAUUGGCCGCAGGAUAUGAAGGAAUAUGUGGAGCGGUGCUUCACCGCCUGCGAGUCGGAAGAGGACAAGGACCGCACAGAGAAGCUGCUCAAGGAGGUGCUGCAGGCCCGGCUCCAGGACGGUUCUGCCUACACCAUCGACUGGAGCCGAGAGCCUCUGCCUGGACAAUCUUGGGCUUGGUCCCUUUCCUGCACCACAGUGGCUGAGUUGCCGGGGCUGACCAGGGAGCCUGUGGCUGAGAGCCCCAAGAAGAAGCGGUGGGAGGCCCCUAGCAGCCUUCACCCUCCCAGGGGGGCAGGCUCGGUGACCAGGGGCGGGGGUGCCCAAUCCCAGCGAGGGACACCUGGGGCUGGGGGUGCUGGCCGAGCCCGGGGUAGCAGCUUCGCCAAGUUCGGCAACCGCAACGUCUUCAUGAAGGACAACAGCUCUUCCUCCAGCACAGAUUCGCGCUCCCGCUCUUCAUCUAGGUCCCCCACCCGCCACUUCCGGAGAAGUGACUCCCACUCAGACUCUGACAGCUCCUACUCGGGGAAUGAAUGUCACCCUGUAGGCCGCAGGAACCCACCCCCCAAGGGUCGGGGUGGUCGUGGGGCCCACAUGGAUCGGGGCCGAGGCAGGGCGCAGCGUGGAAAGAGACACGACCUAGCUCCCACCAAACGCAGCCGCAAGAAGAUGGCAGCACUGGAGUGUGAGGACCCAGAGCGUGAGCUUAAGAAGCAGAAGAGGGCAGCCCGCUUCCAGCACGGGCACUCACGCCGCCUGCGCCUUGAACCUUUGGUGCUGCAGAUGAGUAACCUGGAAAGCAGUGGAGCUGACCCUGACUGGCAGGAGCUACAGAUUGUGGGCACCUGUCCUGACAUCACAAAGCACUAUCUACGACUGACCUGCGCCCCUGACCCAUCCACUGUGCGACCUGUUUCUGUUUUGAAGAAGUCUCUGUGCAUGGUCAAGUCCCACUGGAAGGAGAAGCAGGACUACGCUUUCGCCUGCGAGCAGAUGAAGUCUAUUCGGCAGGACCUGACGGUGCAAGGCAUCCGCACCGAGUUCACUGUGGAGGUGUAUGAGACACACGCCCGCAUUGCCUUGGAGAAGGGUGACCAUGAAGAAUUCAACCAGUGCCAGACACAACUCAAGUCGCUGUACGCGGAAAACCUGGCAGGCAAUGUAGGUGAAUUUACUGCAUACAGAAUCCUCUACUACAUCUUCACCAAGAACUCUGGAGACAUCACUACGGAGCUGGCAUACCUCACGAGGGAGCUGAAGGCGGACCCCUGUGUGUCCCACGCGUUAGCACUGAGGGCAGCUUGGGCCCUAGGCAACUACCACCGUUUCUUCCGGCUCUAUUGCCAUGCACCUUGUAUGUCAGGCUACCUUGUGGACAAGUUUGCAGACCGGGAGCGCAAGGCCGCCCUCAAGGCCAUGAUCAAAACGUAUGUGGCACUGCACUCUGCUGCAUUCUGUGCUGUGGCUCUGCCACGCCCCCUCCACAUCCUGGUCGUCCUUCAGCUGCUCUGCUGGAGUCCCUCCCUUGGCCCUCAUUGCUUUCCUCCUCAGCCACCCUCCGUUCCGGGUUUUCUCCCACUCCUCUCACCUCACUGCUCCUGGUACCGUGCCCUCUCCUUCCCUGCACUCCUCUUCUGUCCAUGUCAGCUUGGAAGCUGGUUUAUCUGCCUCCUUUCCCGGCCUGUGCCUGCAGCUACUUGCUGCUCUUCUUCCUGACAUCAGAAAGAGUAGCCUGGCUCAUUUUGCAGCAGUCUCUUGAGAUGAGGCCUUGUGCCCAUUCCACUCUUGAGUACCAGAAGUCUUUUGGGACAGUGUGAUUGGGGACCUGUGGCACGGAGGGUGGUAUUGCAAGGCCCUCUGGUCAUCAGACAUGAGGCUUGUCCAUGUGGGGAAGAGAUGUGCCGCCUAUUGCCCCCUGAUAUUUUUGCUUGUCACACGGGUGUGGAUGAUGCUGCCACCUAGUGGGUAAAGACCAGGGAUGCUGUGCAACAGAAGGCCCACAGUAGUGUGUGCCAGUGUUGGCAAGGUUGAGAAACCCUGGUCAGGAGGUCUGUGAACAGUCUCGAGGGGCCUUGAAUACCGAGCUAAACAGCAGCAUUUUCUCAUUAAGGUAGUAGUCCUGUUAUGGUGGGACCUGCAACUUGUGCAUCAGGAAACGUGUAGGAUUUUGUUGUAGUCAGUUCAACCCAAGGGAGGGGCUAUGGGGAUAUGAUAUGGCUCCAGAUUUGACUGAGAUGAGUGGGCAUCGGGCUGUCAGCCUUUUGUGGUCCAGUGGGCCCCUCACUGAGCAGCUCUCAAGCCUCAGUGGUGCAAGUGAUUCUUAACCUGUUCAUAGUCAGCCUUGGCUGCACAGCGCAAAUGGUCCUUGUGAGUGCUCAGGGCACUGUGUUGACCUCCCUGUACACUUGGCACAGCCAUUCUUGGUACACAAGUCCCUGCCGUGGCCUGGAAGGCCACUUGAGAGAGAGGGAGGCUGCCCUGUCCCAGGGCCAUAGGAUGCCUGGUUCCAGAUACUUGGUGAGACUUCCCAAGUGGCUAAAGGGCUGUGGUGGCCUGUAGUAGAAUGUCCCCAGAACUAGUAGGACAUGUACACUAUUAGGACGUCUUAGUACCAACCAGAAGGCACUGCUGAGUAUGAUACUCUGUGCAAGUAUCCUGGAGGGUGGGGCACCACUGUCCCUACCCUCUGAGCCCUGUACCACUUACUCUGUCUGGCUCCAGCCCCUCAGCCAGCAGAGGAGUCAGCUGGGCCCUUUCCCUCCUGCCCCCUCCUUCCUGGACAGGUAAGUGUGGGCAAGGGGGGGGCAGCUGGGCACUGGGGCUACCAACCCCAUCCCUGGCCCCCCCCCAAGCCCCUGCUGUGGGGAGGUUGGGAGGGGCUGCAGAAGCCAGCAGGUUCCUUGCUGAGGAAAAUUGUGGGAGCCCGGAUGGGGAGCGUUGCUCCCUGCUCUUGGGCCCUCCCUUGUCUGCUUGCCUCAUCAUUUUCUCCUCUUGUCUCCGUAGCUUCCGCCCUGCGCUGCCUGUCUCCUACCUGCAGGCCGAGCUGGCCUUCGAGGGCGAGGCCGCCUGCCGGGCCUUCCUAGAGCCCUUGGGCCUGUCCUACACGGGCCCGGACAACUCC